CUCACCUUCGCUCCACUUUCUCUCUCUCUCUCUCUCCACAGUGUGUCUGUUCCCUUUUCAACGUUAAAAACUCGCCGGCGGUUUCAAUUCCACGGUUGAGAAUUUCUCAUCAAUCACAAUGAGUCCUGGUCAGUUGCCUUCAGAUUCAAUCAAAGUAGUUCCUGGCAGGAGUAAGCUGAGGGUUGAAUCUUCUAAUCCAGUCCCCAGAGGGAACCCAACAUCUAGACCUUCAAAGGUGAAGUUGAUUUCACCCGUGGAGGCUAUGAAACUUUCAUCUGGAGGCAAAGUGAUGGCGGUUUCUCCUGUUAAGCGUGCUCGUGCAACUUAUCAAGUACCAAAUCCUGUCCCUGCUCGUCGAACUCCUAAAACACCAAGGCCUGUCUCGGCUCAACCAACUCCUGAAGCACCCAUACAUGCCCCGGCUUGUCCAAUUUCUGGAGCACCAAGACCUAUCCCGGCUCGUCCAACUUCUGAAGCACCAAGACAUACCUCGGCUCGUCCAACUUCUAAAGCACCAAGAGAUCCAAAACGUGUUUUGGCUUUUCCUGCAGAAGGUUUCAAAAGAGAAAUCGUUUGCGGUCUUCGAGCUUUGAGUCUGACGACUACACCAGUGAGACAGAGAACCAAUCCAAGGAUACUUCAAUCAAAGAUGGUCGAGCCUCCUAGUCCACGUGCUUUGCAGAUUCGCUUAAGAAUUAAGCAAAAAGCUGCUAAUGCUACACAAGUUGUAGAAGGGACAAUUGUGGAAGUUGGUGAUAAAACUAUAGAUCAUGGUUUCAACGAGAUACGUCAAUCAGUCUCUGAUGAAGAACUAUCGCAGCUACUUCUAUAUCUACCAGCUCAGCAUCCUACUUGGAACGGACGCAUUAUGGAUUAUGCUACUCCGCCUGAGUUUGACUGCGAGUUUUGGGCUAAACCGGCAUCCAAUAUCACGAGGAAGGCACUCAGACUUUCUAAGAUGAUGCCUGCAUUACUCAAGGUUGAAUUGCUUCCUACAUGCCACAUUCUUAAUGAUAUGUUUGGCAGAAGCCCAACGCUAUUGAAUGUUGAAGUUUACCUUUUCCCAGAUGAGAAGAAAACAGAAAGGUUUAAAGGGGAAUAUACUCAUCUGUUUGAGGCAAUAGGAACUCGCAAUGCCAUGAUUAAAGUUGAUGUAAACGGCACUGAUCUGUUGAUAUUCUCCUCGAAACUAUUGGACAAGACCUCCCAGUUUCUCAUCAAUACACAGAAGAAAACAGACAACUUCCUUUGGGGUUUUUUUCUCCAGACCAAAAACUCACUAGCACUUGUUCCUGGAACUGCUUCUCAAAUUGAUAAAGAUUCUGAUGAUGGGGAUGUGGUUGACAUGGACAUAGACACUGAAUGCCUGACCCCGAGUGUGGCUCUGAAGCUAAUUGCAGAAGCACAAAGCACUUCCUCAAGAUCACCGGAGAAAUUGAGCAAAGAAGCAACUUUACCUCCUGGUUUUGAGAACAUUUGGGCACCACCCUUGGUGAAACUUAAUAUACAAGGAACUUUAAACACUCUGUCUGAUCAAACCGUAUCCUCUGGAAUAGUGCGUAACCAGUCAGGGAAGUGGUUGUUUGGGUACAUUAGGUGCCAUAAGAGCAUCUCUGAAGUCACAGCUGGGCUUUUGGCUAUAUACCAUGGCCUCAGAUUUCUGUGGGACAGCGGUUUCCGAAGAAUCCAAUUAGAGACAACAAGCUCUGAGAUCAUCAAGGCUCUAACAACAAAGUCGUACCUGUUUCCUAAAAGAAAAACGAUUCUGGGAUCGUGCAAGGACAUGAUCUUGAGGGACUGGGAGUGUGACAUAUACCAUAUCUCCAAAGGAGAGAAUUCGUGUGCAGAAUGGCUAGCCAGCAGAUCAGAAGAGCAGCCUCAAGGAUUAGUUUUCUUCGAAUACCCUCCUAGAGGCCUUGUGGAUCUUCUGGAGAAAGACCAGCUUGCAGCUAGAUAAGCUUCUUCAGCUUUGAGGUACAGUCACAGUGAACAGCUUAGAGGUACAUAUCUCGGUUUUAGUUAGUAGUUUGACCAUUUUGAGAAUACUAGAAGAAGAAGAAGAAAUGUUUUUGAGUGUUAAUGUGACAUCCUAGUCGUAGGUAAGUACAGUGGAGUUAUCAUUGUAAACACAGCUCAAGUAACAAGUAACAAAACGUCUUUGUGAAGAGUUUCACUCCAGAUGGCAGAUUCAGUGUCGCUCCUUCUCUACA